UUGUAGUAUAUAUAUACAUCGAUCGAUCCAUUUCUGAUCAGUAAUAUAUACAUAUAUACAAGUAGAGAAGCAGAGAAAAUGGUGGGUGCAGGCAGGAGCAGGGAGGAGCGGUGGAGCCUCACCGGCGCCACGGCGCUCGUCACCGGCGGCAGCAAAGGCAUCGGGCACGCGAUCGUGGAGGAGCUGGCGGGGUUCGGCGCGCGAGUGCACACGUGCGCCCGCAACGCGGCGGAGCUGGAGGCGUGCCGUCGGCGGUGGGCGGAGAAGGGGCUGCAGGUCACCGUCUCCGUCUGCGACGUCUCCCUGCGCGCCGAUCGCGAGGACCUCAUGGCCACGGUCAAGGCCACCUUCGGCGGCAGACUCGACAUCCUCGUAAACAACGCGGGGCAGUCGCUGUUCAAGGCGGCGGCGGAUUGCACAGGCGAGGACUACGCGCGGCUGAUGGCGACCAACCUGGAGUCGUGCUUCCACCUCAGCCAGCUCGCGCACCCGCUCCUCCUCGCCAGCGGCGGAGGCGGCAGCGUGGUCCACGUCUCCUCCAUCGCCGGCUUCAUCGGGCUCCCGGCGCUCGCCGUGUACUCCAUGUCCAAAGGCGCUAUGAACCAGCUCACUAGGAGCCUCGCCGCCGAGUGGGCCCGCGACGGCAUCCGCGUCAACUGCGUCGCGCCGGGGGGCAUCAAGACUGACAUUAGCAACGACAAGACGAUAGACCCGGAGCUGGUGAAGAACGAGAUGGCGCGGCUGCCGAUGGGGAGGAUCGGCGAGCCGGAGGAGGUGGCGUCCAUGGUGGCCUUCCUCUGCAUGCCGGCGGCGUCCUACAUGACCGGCCAGGUCAUCUGUGUCGACGGCGGCCGCACCAUAACUUAGCUAGCAUACACCUGUCACAACGAUCUGUUGUGCACUUGCGUGCAUUGUGCUCAUGAUUUCUGAUUUCGGUUUGUAAUUACACUUCCGUUGAAUCCAUCCUGUAAUAUCUCUUUUCUCUACUGUUAAUGUAUUGCUCACUCGAGUGUUUUCUGAAAAGAUUUCA